AUCAAAGUAAAAGAAACAAAAAUAACAAAAUGCGAAUUCUUGUUUUCUUCUUGUUUAUUCACUGUCUGAAUAUUAGCUUCACCAAUGGCGGAAUAUUAUCAGAACAAGAAGCAUUAUUAGCUAUUAAAUCUGCCAUUAAAGAUGAUCCUUAUAAAAGUCUAUCAUCUUGGAAAAACACUACUCACCAUUGCAAUUGGUCGUUCGUCACUUGCUCUUCGUAUUCUCACUCUCCCACUGUCAUUUCCCUAAACUUCACCGACUUACAUCUCAAUGGUACUCUCUCUCCUCAAAUCGGUUUUCUUACAAACGUGCAAUAUCUAUCUCUCUUUUUAAACAAUUUUUAUGGGCAUGUCCCGUCUACUCUUUCUCUCCUUACAAAACUCCAAGUUCUCGACCUAGCAUUAAACCGAUUUAGCGGCCCACUCCCUUUAUUUGUUAAUAUGUCGGAGCUUAGGGGCCUUUCCCUUAGUGAUAACGACUUUUCUGGUACAAUAUCGCCAGAGUUUAGUAAACUUCAAAAGCUUCAAGUUUUGGAUUUAUCAAAUAAUCAAUUACAUGGUGAGAUACCAAAUUCUUUUUCUCUUCUUACAAAUUUGUUUUAUUUGGAAUUAUCAUAUAACCUUUUACAUGGUGAGAUACCAAAUUCUUUUUCUGUUCUUGCAAAUUUGAAUCAUUUGGGUUUAUCAAAUAAUCAAUUACAUGGUGAGAUACCAAAUUCUUUUUCUCUUCUUACAAAUUUGAAUCAUUUGGGUUUAUCAAACAAUCAAUUACAUGGUGAGAUACCAAAUUCUUUUUCUCUUCUUACAAAUUUGAUUUAUUUGGAUUUAUCAUAUAACCUUUUACAUGGUGAGAUACCAAAUUGUUUUUCUCUUCUUACAAAUUUGAUUUAUUUGAAUUUAUCAUAUAAUCAACUCACGGGUCAGUUACCUGUCAACAUUGGAAAGCUUACGAGCCUUAGUUAUUUGUUGGUUGCCAACAAUAACUUGAUUGGAAAAAUCACACCACAGAUUACAGGAUACAAUGUCACGAAUUUUAAAAACUCUUCUAUCUGCAGCUUGGUUAAUCUUCAAAUCCUUGAUUUAUCUUAUAACAAGUUUAAUGGAGAAGUUCCUCAUUGCUUGGGCAAUACUAGUACUCAAUUAGCUGUAUUGAAUCUCCAAUCAAAUAAUUUCAAGGGCAUCAUUCCAUCAGCAUUAUUUUCUACUUGUGAUUCCUUGGAAUAUGUAGAUUUCACUAACAAUCAGUUAGAAGGAGCUAUACCUAGGUCUUUAUCUAAAUGUAGAAACCUGAAAGUCCUAAAUUUGAGAAACAACAAAUUCAAAGAUGUAUUCCCCUAUUGGUUAGGUAGCCUUCCGUCUUUAGAGGUUCUCAGCCUACCCUUUAAUAAAUUUCAUGGUGAUAUAACUAACAAUUUAUCAAAGAUUGCAACAUUUUCUUUUUCAAAUCUACAAAUUCUCGACCUUUCAAACAAUAAUUUCUGUGGUAAGUUGCCAUUCAUGUACAUCAAACAAUUUCGUUCCAUGAUGGAUAUCAACAUGUCUACUAUAGGAAGUCCAAGGUACUUAGAAGAUGAAUUUAGUAGUUUUAAAUAUAUGUACUCCAUCAAGAUGAUAGUAAAGGGGGUGGAACUGGUUUAUAAGAAGAUAAUUACUUCUAUGUCAACAUUUGAUAUGUCUAAUAAUCACUUUGAAGGAGAUAUUCCAAAUUCUAUAGGGAUGUUGCGAGCACUUCGAAAUCUUAAUCUCUCGCAUAACCUACUUACCGGAAACAUCCCUCCAUCCAUCGGGAACUUAUCAUUGUUGGAUGGUUUAGACCUAUCAUCAAAUAGGCUUAUCGGUGAAAUCCCUAAAGAACUUGUUAGUUUAACAUUUCUCGAGGUUUUUAAUGUUUCAUAUAAUCAACUGGAAGGGCCUAUACCCCAUGGUAACAAUUUUGAUACCUUCUCAUCUGAUUCGUACGAGGGAAAUCUUGAAUUGUGUGGAGCACCAUUACUUGAAUGCAAAAACAAUACUGUUGUGCAAUCUUUGAACAAUGAUAAUGUGGAAGAAAAAAUAGAAUUAUCGAUGUGGGAAGUUGUAGUGAUUGGAUUUGGAAGUGGUACAAUAGUUGGUUUGGGUUGGGGGUACUACAUAUUGUCAGUGGGGAAGCCUUUUUGGCUUUUUAAAUUGUUGAACAAGAUGGAAUGGGCUUUACUUGAUUUUCAUGACCACCAUUUCAGUAGAAGAAGUAGAACAAGAAGAACAAAGAACUAAAAGUGAUCAUCUAUUUGAGAAACAUUUCAUUUGUAGCAAGAAGUAGAGUAUGAUGGAAUGGACCUUUUUGGGCUUUACUUGAAUUUGUAGCAUUUCGUUUUUCUUUUUACUGUACUUUAUUCAUAAUUAUAUUUUGUGAUAAUAACAUUUCUUUUCCAUAAAAAAAAUAUAAAUGUGUGCCAAAUGGGUGAAUGUGAUAAUCUAUCUAAGAAAGAAACAUUUCAUUUCAUGAGAUGUCUAUAAAGCAUAAAAUGUCAUGUUUUCCACUGCAUUGUUAAGUUAGUUGAUUUCGUUUUUCCGAGUUUGAUCAAUAAAUUAAUUUUCAGCCUUUACUAUAUUUACAAUUACACAACCCCGAUCGUGGGUGUAAGCGAGGAGUGCUGCCGCCUAGGGCCCAAUCUUGAAAAGGGCCAAUAACUUAAGUCACCAUUAAAUUAAUCGUCAUUUUCAAGUUAGGAAAAGAAAAUAAAACGUUAGAUUAUUAUUUUCCUAUUUUUCUCUCAGUCUCAUUUAAUCUUUUCUUUUUUCCAAUUAAUCGUACAUUAAUUCUAAUAAAAUGAUUAAAAAUUUUCCAAAACAUCACAAUUUUCAACUGUUAAAAGUAAUUGUAGUCUUUACCCAGAUAUGGUCACACAAUGCCAUGGAUAAAUAACAGACUUUUUUUUUGUUCUUCAGAGUUUGCCAUUUUAUUUCUCGUUUCACUAUUCAUUUACAAAUUUUAAUAAUCCAAAUUCAAGAAAAAGAUUAAGCAACCAAAGAACCAUAACGAUAUUGUUAUUUGUGACUUUAUUUUCUUGUUGAUUAAUAGACAGAAUUUCACACUUGGCCGCUGAAGUUGAAUAUCGCUCAAUGAUCGAGGAUACAUUGUAAAUUUGUAAUAGUCAGUUGGCAUUAUAGCUUGCUCAGAAUUCGGUGUUUCAUGAAUGCACCAAACACAUUGAAUUUAGUUGUCAUUUCUUACGUGAUGCAAUCCUUGUUGGUACCAUUCAUCCUACUUAUGUGUUUACUCAUAUGCAACUAGUGGAUAUUUUUACUAAGGCUUUAGGCCAAAGUAGUUUAUGUUUUUCCUUCACAAAUUAGACAUUUGUAAACUUCAUGCUACAACUUGAAGAGGAUGUUAGGGAAGAAAUAUUAUUAAGAAAUAAAUCGUAUGUAAAUAUUUGAUUGGAAUAAUGUUAGCAAUAAUUAAUCAAAGUAAAUAUAUAUAGGACUAUUGUUAGGCUUAAUUUAUGGAUUAUAGGUUUUAUAUACCUUAUGUAAUUGUCAUAUUAAUUCAAGUUGGAUAACUCAUUAAUAACUUUUAUAUAUUGAAAUUUGGUUCUUAUCUCAAUUAGAACAAAUAUAGUUUUUCCCAGGCAAGUUUAUGGGAUUGAAUCUCACCUAACCCUCCCUUUCCUCGAUCUAUCUUGUAAUCAA